AUGGAACAGAACGAGAGAAAGGUGUCCACCGCCACUUUGAAUCGGCUCAUUCUUGUAGCUCAAGCGCUCGAGUCUGAAGUUGAAACUCGACGAAAUGACGACAUCAGUGCUUAUAAAAUCACAUUUUCGAUCCGAGCAGCAAACAUGAUUUUAUUAUUUCUCAUAAAUAUUUUACUGUUCACUGGUUUUGGCAAAUACCAGGUUCAAAAGGAUGGAAGGUACCAGGAUCUUAUGCUGACUGCUGAUAAGUGGACAUACAAUUCGUCAAACGACGACCUUCCAGAAACAUUCGUAUUUCUUCGCCUUAGUGGGCAGUAUCUGUCCGCGUGUAUUACAGUAUUCCUCCUGUUUUCGACUAUUUUUCUUCAAUUGCUUCAUAUAUGCGGAAUUACUACAUCUCGUAUUAUGAGUAUGUGCUACUCUUUCGGAGCCGUCCCAUUUACGCUUUUUGUAUUUGGAUUGGAGAUGCAUUAUUCAACUUGUCCAUGGCUUGACGAAUUUUUCAUCACCUACAGUAUGUCGGAUAUGAGCUCACAAUGUGCUAUUAAUGGAUGGGCUCUGGCUGGGAUUUUUUCUCUUUUGUCUUGCGGAUUAUUUGUGAGUGAGGGCGUCAUCACUGCGUUUUUUGGAAAUCAAGACACAAACGAAAACAAGGAAACGAUUGUCUAA